AUGGCGAAGCGCCGACGUACGAACGUGGACGAUUCCGAUUCCGAUGCCUCAUUCGCUGCCGAAAGUGAAAGCGACGACUACGACGAGGACGACGUCUUUGAUACGAAGGAUGAAAAAGGCGAUUCGAGCUCCGACGCAACCGAUAUCGACGAUCUCUGCGAUGACGAUGUGGAUGUCGAAGACCAAAUUAGACUCUUUGAUGGCAAUCUUCAGUCAUCCGAGUAUUGGCGACACAAGGUCGAGGCGUUCACUGAGGACCCCUUCGCCUGCCAGGAUUAUAGCCCUGGGACGACGGUGCUUCUCGAUGCCGUGGAGGAACAGUGGCGACAGUUUUGUUGUGUUCUCAAACGCGAUCCAAAGGAAUGCUAUGCAAAGAUCUCGCUCGGCCUCAUGUACAAUUUUUUCGACUGGGUCAUGAGUCAGAAGAUUGGUAAGAAUGGCAGAAAAAAACGCGGAAUCAAGAAGAAGAGCUCUUUGGGCACAUACUGGAAGGUCUUUCGACUCGUCUUCGAGAGAGCCGUGGGUGAAAAGAUUAACCAGAAGCUGAACCGCAGCAUGCACAGAGUUCUACGAGAUUUAGGAAAGAAACACCGGCUGAGCGAGCAGCGGCGAGUUAAUCGUUGUAUGACGAUCGACGAUCUCAAGCUGCAGAUCGAGACGACGCUAAGCACGACGAAGAAGUCGUUCAAGCUUGGGGAGCUGCGCAUCCUCGCCGUGCUCUUUCUCCUCCUGCUUGCGCCGGCCGGUUCUCGCCCAGAAGCGACCCUGAACCUGCGGUUCAAGGACAUCAGGGUCGUUCUGGCCAGAGACCCAGAAGGCGGACCACACAAACUUCUCCUUCGCUUUACUCCGGAGUUCACCAAAAGCUAUCUUGGCGAGAAGGAACAGAAAACAUACUCCAUCCCCGAGACGAUGUUCGAUCCGUCCUUGCUCCUAAGCCCCCAUGUAUUCCUCCUCGGCGUCCUCUUCCGACACCGAGCUUUCAACGCAUCCAGCCUCACCUCGCCACACCAUCUUGAUAACCUCGACAUACAUCCUGGCGAGCGGGAGCUGCCCCUGCCGUUGAGAGAGGACCUGAAUGAUACCUUCAUAUUUCGUCGGGUCAUCGAGACAUUUACAGGCUAUCAAAUUUCCACCAACGAUCGUAUCACCUCUGGCAUGAUGGCGGCGUGGAUUCAGAGAAUCGGCGAAAUACUCGGCUUCGAGUACCCUACGAUAGCGUACAACCUACGCUAUAAUGCUGCCAACGCGUUCGACCAAAGCGUCGACGUCAGCGAAGCCCUCCGGAAUCUGGCUCUAGGACAUGGCAACUCCGAUCCUUUCCAGAGACACUACCUCGGACGGAACAUUUCGGCCGACCUUUGGGGCGUCCUCCGAGGGCAGAAGCCACAGCAGGCGCUCAUGAAGCAGUCUUGCAGCAUAGGUCACUCUAUCUCCGAGCGUCGCCCCACCGGCCUCACAACAGAGCAGUCUGCAUCGGUCGCCACGCAUCCGACUAUCAGGGAGCUGACAAAAGCUCUUCGAGAACUGCCGCAAGGCUCCAAACAGUACAACCAAGUCAAGCGAGCGAGACGGAACGAAAAGCAGAGGCUUCGGAGAGAACUCAAACAGAGAAUCAGAGACGAGUGGACUGACAAGCAAGCCACAGACGACAUCGAGCGUCAGAUACAUGGCAUCGGAUUUGACAAUCCUGCGACGGACAACACCUGUCGACCUCAGGGCACAGCACAAAGGCACCUGAUGAAGAAACUCACUGCCCCGACCGUGACCACGCUCGAAGGUCAAUAUCGAAGGAGGGAUGAAGCCAUCGAGGCUGUUUCCACAUAUUGCCUUGUCCAGGAAGGAUGCACUGUGCCCCGGUCUCGCCCUCUGUCGACACCAGAGGCCGCCGUUUAUUGCUCUACUUCUAAUCCGCCUGAGGGUGGCCAGUUGGACCUCGCCAUACGAUCUGUUUUUAUCACUAACGAUAAGGAGCGGCCCAAGAGAUGCUUUAUCUGUAUUGGACAGGCCUUGGAUUUAACUCCAGAUGGCAAGGCUCGAUUGGACGAACUCACCCAUGAGUUCUACACAUCUAAUGAUUUGACCAAGCACUUCCGAAACAAGCAUUUGUCCAAGGUUGCGGACGGUGAGAGACCCGAGUGCAAGGUUUGCAAAAUGACGCUCGAACACAAAAUGCACCUCCAAAAUCACGCCAUGAGGAUACACGGCACGGUGUCUUGA